AUGGAUUCAAGCGCAACUCAAGCUGCUGAGACUGCAGAAGGUGUCACACAAGUCUCAAGUACGAUAUCAUGGCAUCAACCACAUCCACAAUUCGUAAUUCUCCUAGUCGGGAAAGACGAAAUCCCAUUUGGAAUCCAGAAAGACCUUCUCGUUGCACAGUCGCCUUUCUAUCGUGAAGAAUUUGCGAAACCAGAAUAUAAGGAAUCGGUCGAACACAUAGUCAACUUGCCUAACAGCACUGUCGAGACUUUUGGAUGUGUUCAGAACUUCAUUUACACAGGCAACUUGUACGACGCCAAGGCUGGUGUGAACAUUCCUGAUUAUCCUCUGCUCAUGGAAAUAUGGAAACUGGCUACAGAAUUGAAAAUGGCUCCUCUGCGUAGCGCGGUACUAGCUGUUAUGGCUGAGAGAAGACAAUUAACGCAAUCAAUACCGGGCACGGACUUGUUGAAGCAAGCUUGGAAAGAGACCGAGGAGGGUAGUGGACUGAGGAAGAUGCUUAUUGAGUGGGCAGCUGAGCAUAUGCGCGGUUCUCCUGAUGUUCGAAACACUUUCGCAAAGUCUCUUCCACAAGAAAUCCUAUCUGAGUUAGUGAUCGUCAUGUCAGACCUACCAAACACCCCUACAAUUGUGCCACGAGCCAUCAACAAGCAUUAUUUAAACAAUCAAAAUGAGGCCGAGUACGAGAGUCCAUAUGCUCAACCUCCACAAAAGCGUCCCCGAAAAUCCGAGGCAGCUACAGCACCAAAUGGCGACGAUACCUUCGAGGUUAAACAUACUGUCAAGAAACCAUCACGAAAGUCCGAACCCGUAACCCGGAAGCCAGCAAAAUUUCACGGUCGAACAACAAACAACUCCGCAUCGUCUUCCGCACCAGCACAAUUCGCAAAUGACUCCGAUCGCGAUCUAGCUUUUUGUCGCGACUUGAUAACCCGCAUGCUGUCUGGACCCGGCUUUUGGACUCGGUUGGUCGGUCACUUCAAAGAUCCAGUCGAUCCUGUCGCUCAUAAUGCGCCCAACUAUUUCUCGGUUGUCAAGCGGCCUAUGGAUCUCAAACAAAUCAAAGCCAAGAUGGAUCGCAACGAGUACGCGAGCAGCGCCGAGUUCGAAGCCGAUGUUAGAUUGAUUUUUCAGAACUGCUAUGAAUACUGGACGCAGAGCGACCAGGUGUUCAAAGAUUGUGAGAAUUUUGAGAGAUACUUUAAUGAGAAAUGGGAGAAGAGGAAUAAGUGGGUUCCGCCUACUGUGAAGAUUGAGACUAUUGAUUGA